AUGGAUAUCACCACCGACAACGUACUCCUCUCUGACCAGUUUAUCAUUAGCUGCGGGACCGUGACCCUCAACAAGCAAUCCAAAGUUCUACUCAUCUUCAAGCGGACAACGACCGAAUUACCCGACGGCAUUAUACACCAUUUCGAUGAAGUAUUCCUCCCUGAAGACUGGAAAGAUAUAGGCGAGUCGCUCGAAAAAGCAGCUAUACGAGGAGCAUAUGAGAAAACCGCGGUGGAGGGACUUUUACUUCCUGCUCAUAUCAUGACCAAUGCGACCAUUCCAACUUCUCAAGAAGACUCCCCAAGCAGUCACAUCACUGAGCCUAUCGCUGUCUCUCAUCGAGUCCACCGGGGAAUUCUCGACAUUAUCUUCUGGUACAUCGCCGAGGCGACUACUUCCACCAUUCCUCUGGUAGUAGGGAAGCCCGGGGAGGAACGGAAUUUCGUCCCUUUCUGGAUGGAUAUUAAUGAGGCCAGACACUUUCUCUCCUUCACUAAUGAAAAGCGCAUUUUGGAGGAAGCCAUUGCUGCAGUCGAAAGAGGACAGGCAUUAGCUGAACAAGCUGAACAUGCUGGAGAAGCUGAAUGA